AUGGGUCAAUCAUGUUCCACUCCACCCUCUGACACAAAGAAUUAUGAUCUGGCUUCCAGCUUUGGCAAGUUUUUUAAGGACAUCUGUACAGAAAACAAAAUCCUCUCUCAGGAAACCAUUGCUUUGAUUCAGUCCCAUCUGUCGGAGGGAAAUAUUCAGGACACAGCUUCUGUGAUCAGGGAUGCACUGAGCGAUAUUGAAAAGGCACCCAUAGACAUCGCUGUGACUGGGGAAACUAGGGCAGGGAAAUUCAGUUUCAUCAAUGCCCUAAGGGGGGUCAGGCCUGAAGAAGAAGGUGCCGCUGAGACUGGGGUGGUGAAGACAACCGUGGAGAGAGUCCCAUACAAACACCCCAAGUUCCCAAGUGUGACGGUAUGGGACCUGCCUGGCAUUGGAACCACUCGUUUCCCACCACACAAUUACCUGCAGGAGAUGAAGUUUCAGGAGUAUGAUAUCUUCUUUAUCAUCUCUGCUAAACACUUCACACCAAAUGACACACAGCUGUGUGUAGCAAUCAAAAAGAUGAGGAAGAAUUUCUACUUUGUCCGCACUAAUGUAGACAGUGACUUAGACAAGGAGCGAGUGAGAAAAUGCAGACCCUUGAGUCCGGAGGAAAAAAAACAUGUCCUGCAGAAGAUCAAAACUGACUGUGUGACAAAUCUACAGAAGACAAAAGUAACCAACUCUCCAGUCUUCUUGGUCUCCAGCUUUGAGGUGUCUGGUUAUGAUUUCCCUGACCUGCAGACCACCCUGCUGAGAGAGCUUCCAGCUUACAAGCGCCACAUCUUCAUGCUGUCUCUGCCUGCUGUUGUGGAGGCCACCAUGGACCGGAAAAGUAAUUCCCUGAAACAGAAGAUCUGGCUAGACGCUCUGAAGAUUAGAGUACCAGACCCCAUCCUAGCUGUGAGUUACUUCAGUCCUGAAGAGGUGGACAGUCUGAGGGAGACAUUAACCCUCUACAGGUCUUACUUUCAGUUGGACGACGCUUCUCUGGAACAGGUGGCCAAGGACUUGCAUGUGUCCAUGGUGGAACUCAAGGCAAACCUCAAGUCUCACUGCUUGCUACCCAUUGAGAGGCUUGACGAGUCCUUAGGGAGAAUGCUGUGGAGAUGUGUGCCUUUCUACCUUUUGAAUGGAGGUCUCAUUGCCACCGAUGCUUGCAUUAGUAGAAAAUUCUAUUUGCAUAAUUAUCUUCUUGACGUAGUGGUGAGUGAUGCUAAAUAUCUCCUUAAGAAAAGAGAGAUUUUGAGAGUCAGACAGUAGCACAGCAGGUUAAGUGCAGGUGGCGCAAAAUGCAAGGAUCCCAGUUCAAGCCCCCGG